CACCACCACAGCCUCGCCGCCUCCCUCACUCGCGUGAAUGCAAUUCACGAUUGACAUACUCGACAUCGUGUCUGCGAACGCUGCCAAGUCUUGCUCCCGUUACUGAGAGCCAGCGUAAGCACACUUCUGACUCAUAGAACAAACCUUUCACCCUACCGUCACACGCUCUCCCAGGGUUCAUCGGGCAUCGCUCUCUCGCGCAACCAGAGGCUGCUGGACAGCGACGAGCCAACACCACAACAUUCCGACCGCAAUCACCACCAUCCGACCGUGCCCAACAUGGCGGACGAAGCCGGAGCUAACGCAGACGAGCAGCUGCGGCACGCAGCUCGGACUGACUCGGUAGAGCUUUACGAUCAAGCCUUGGCUACAGAGUCGGGCGUCGACUUUUCCUCCGCCGAUGGUCUCGGUAACACAGCUUUGCACCUUGCGGUGACGAACCAGAGCACGCAAGUGUUGGAAAGAUUGUUGGAGGAGGAGGUUGAUGUGGACCUGCCAAACAGGAAAGGCGACACUCCUCUUCACUUGGCAGUCGCUGGCGAACCUGGUGAAGCGAGGGUGUGGAUAGUCGAACAGCUACUCGAGUGCGGUGCAGAUCCGCGUGAAGUCAACAAAGAUGGUGACAAGCCCGCCGAGAUUGUUGCAGAAGGAAACAGCGAGGAGGGUCAGAGCAUCAAAGCGCUCCUUCGCGAAGCAGAGGGCAAAGUCAACAUCAGCAAUGACGACAUCGCAGACGAGGAUGAUGAUGAUGAUGACGACGGACCGCCAUCGGAGGAUUGAGGCGCGUUGCUCAUGCAAUAGACUGGAUCACUAGAGGCGGGUGCCGUGCUUGCAGUAUUUGACGCCCCACCCUUGCUCGGACUCUGACAAGGCAGGCGUAUGGCAGCUUCCACCGCUAGCCCAAACGCUGUCGUUCGUUCAAGAAGAGGCGUGUACACUUUAGACCACAAACGAGAGCCAAAGGCUCCUCUGCUUGCUCAUUUGUAAGACAAUCGCAAGUGCAUUACUCAUCAAGUCAUCGCGCGCAGAAUCAG